AUGAAGUUGCUGUCUACGAUCGUACUGGGCUGCCUUCCCGUCGCCCUGGCCAAAUCUAUUGUCGUCACUUUCCCCAAGGAUACCCCGGACUCGGUGGUGAAAGAUGCGAGGCAGGCCAUCAUCGAUGCCAAUGGAGAAAUCACCCAUGAUUACCAGUUAAUCAAAGGGUUCGCCGCCACAGCCCCGGAUGAGGCGAUCCAGCAGAUCUCAACCAAAUCUUCGGGCUAUCCCCCGACCAUCGAGGAUGACAUGGUUGUGUCGACCCAGUGAGUAAGAGGAGAGGCAUGACAUAUUUCUCGGGCUGGCCUCGGGGGUAAUCUCAUGCGCCAAAGUGGAGGGAAAUUAUAUGCAGAACAUUGACUCCCGGGAGCGUGUUGGAAUGACGAGGGUGUCCACAUGCAUGAAAUUAAUGACUGUGUUAAGGGUUAUUGUCUUGUUAAUGAAUUGAUGUUGUCAUAUUUCU